AUGUCGUGGAGACAUCUGUCUGGUCUUCUCGGCAUAGCGUUGACCGUGAAAAUGGCUGGGGUAAAGAAGAUGUUUGUACACGGCCCUCCCAGUGUUGUCGAAUUGAUGAAGCUGACACGUCACUUUGCAGAUGCUUCGACAACAGAAGUUGUACAAAGUAGUAUUUUACAGAAGCCAAUGUUGGACAGCGAUUUCGUAGUAGCUGCAUUUGAAUUGACUGGCGAGGAAUCCAUUGAACCCCGUGCCAAAGCUGUUCGUGUGGAGUACCCUCCCAAAAGUCAACCAGUAUACGCUUACCUAUUUCGAGGUCUGAAGUUAAAUCGAAAAUUGGAUCCGGCCAAGUGUGUUGCCUGUGGGGUACCGAGCAAUGUUAUGCAUUCCGCCAAAAUACGUCAGCUUGUUGAAGGACAUCCGCUUGUUCUGGACGACGGUCGCGUUAUUUCACCUGAGGAAGUCACUAGUCAACCCACUACGCCCCGGAAUAUACUGGCACUCGAGUGCCCCCAUGAAUCCUACAUUCCACGCUUUCUCCAAGCUGAUCAACUGUUCAACGCCAUUGCGGCCUCCCAAGAGGGCGAUGAGAGCGUCCGAGGCACCGUUCCAGGCAUCACUCUGGCUAUCCACUUUGUUCCCCCAGGGCUCUUCGAAUCUCCCGCCUACCAGGCUUUCGUUUCUCGCUUGAACCAGUUCGGUCAACGCGAGGAGUUGAGUAAAUCAGUGGCGAACGAGACCAAAGGUGAUGGCACUCCACACACUGGGGAAACUGACGAUGGCGACGGUCUCCAUCACCUCGUUCUGGAUGGUUCUGAAAUCCGACGCUCCUGUCCUCCCGUGACGGGCAUCUUUGGUCAAUCCAUCACCCUCCACACCCACUUCGAUCCUCAUCUCUACCCCAAGCUGAUGGCCCUUCAUUCUCUAGAGCCGAAACUGGACCUCUCCCACGUGAAGCCCUUCUCGCAGGUAGUAUAUGCCGAACCGAUGAUGCGAUACGGCCUGCGUCCACACACUGGAUUUGACACUGCAAACUGUGUAAUUCUGGAUGAGAAGGAGUUACUUCAACAGGCCUUUGAUCCGCUCUACGUCUCCGAGGCGGAAGCCGAGGAAGCCUUCAAGAAGAUGCGCUCCGAACUCAAUGCCGCCAUUGCCAAGAGGGAUAAGGACGGAGCCACUUCGCCACUGGAGAAGCUGGAAUGGCCAGAAUUCACCUUCCUGGGGACAGCUUCCUCCUCGCCCAGCAAGUAUCGAAACAUCAGCGCCAUUCUCAUGCGUCUCAGCCCAGACGAGUGCAUUCUUCUGGACUGCGGAGAGGGCACUUUGAAUCAACUCUACGCUCUCCAUGGAAUCGAAGGGACACAUCGUCUUUUGCGCGGUCUUCGGCUCAUUCUUAUCACCCAUAUGCAUGCUGAUCACCAUGGGGGCGUGAUGACAAUAGCCCGGAAGGUUUACGAUCUGACUCGAAAUCCCGCAGGCCUGCCGGUACUGGCACCGCCACCCUUCUGGAAGUGGGUAAACAGCUACACUGACCUCUUCCAGUCCAUCACCACCACCGGCAAGCACGUGCAUCUCUUUCCCAUCAACCGCGUCUACGAGGCACCGCCCGAGCAGCUAUCCUGCCAGUCGCCCGUCAUGGCACCCUCUACCGGAUGUAGUUCGGACUUGCUUUCACCGCCUACCGUCAGUCCUAUAUGGCAGCUGCGGCCCUCAAAUGAUGCGGUGACCAGUGAUUGGAGGCGACUGCUCGAGCAGCUAAAACUCAAGAUUGAACCGGUUAGAGUGCCGCACACGGGCACGUCGUGGGCCUAUGUACUGUCCCGAGUAAAGGGAGAGGAAGAAGACGCGAGACCCUGGAAGGUAGUUUUCUCGGGUGACACCCCACCCUGCUCUCAGCUGGCUGAGGCGGGGCGCGACUGCGACCUCCUCAUUCACGAGGCCACCAUGGGCGAUGGCUACGAGGAACAGGCUGUCACCGCGCAUCACAGCACAACUGGCGAGGCGAUCGCGAUUGGUCGGCUGAUGCGCGCCAAAUUCAUCCUCCUCACUCAUUUCAGUCAGCGCUACUCACGUCUGCCCAGCUUUGACACUUUUCAGGAGGACAUUGCACCCGCUUUCGACUUCAUGCAAGUGAGGCUGGGAGAACUGUGGAAGCUGCCUUACUUUCUGCCCUUCUACAAGUAUGCCUUCGCGCGCCACUGGGAGCUGUUGCAGACCCGCGCCGACGCUAACCAGCAGCGGAGGGCGCGUGUCGAGGGCGCCCUUGAGGAGACCCGCCACACCGUCUCGCAGGCGCUCGGGAAUAUUGGCACUCUCCGCAGAAGUACCCGCCUUCCUGCUUUCCAAGCCAAUGCACCUGGCUGUCUGAAGUGCAUUGCUGUCCUCGAAAAUUAUCUCGGAGUCCAUCAUCCCUCUGUAAUCGCCACCUCUGUCUGUGGUGGCCAACUGAUGCUCUCUGGAUGGCUCCAAUGCUGUGCCUCCUGUGGCACAUCACUUCCUGCAACGUAUUAUAUUGCUGUGAUUAGUUUGACCAGCUGGGCCUGGACUGCGUACCGAUUAGUACCAGCUGGGCUCCUGGAGACGUUACCCACUGAAUACGGCUCCGCACCGCAUCACCCCAGAUGCAAUGGACUGAAUCUCGACUACCUCGUCCUCUCUCCCAGGGCAGUGGUUCGCUAG